AUGGCUACCCGCAACACGCGGUCCUGGCGCCGCUUCCUCUCGACUCUCCUGCACUCUCCUGACAGUCAAAGCAGCAGCAGCAGCAGCAGCAGCAGAGGAGACCCUUUGUACGACGGCGUGUGCGUCUUCACGCUCUCCGGUUGCUCGGAGUUGUUCUCGGACGGGUGUUUCCACUCGUCCUCGAGCGCGUUUCUAGACGUGGAUCCGCUGCAGCUCGUGGCGCUCUUCGAGCAGCUCACGCGUCAAGCCAUUCAAGAGGCGACUCACGUCCAGAGAGAGAGCGGGACGCCUUCGAUCCGCCUGGGCGCCACCGUCUUCCACGUCGUGUCCGCUACUUUCUCGAGCUUCUGUGCCGUCACAAGCGGCAAAACGAGUGGACUCGUGGUGCAGAAGCUCCCGUUUGGGCUCGUGGUCGUGGCUUUCUCAGCGCCACAGCGGCUUGAGACGGUGUUUGGUCAUUUGGAUGCUGCGUGUGCAGCGUUGCGGCGCUGA